AUGCGGCUGUCGCGUCUUUUUCGUCAAUCGCCGCUGUCGCUCCCCAGUACCAAACUGAAUCCAUCCCCCGAUCACUAUGCAGUGUGGGGUAAAGCUAUUAUGGCCGAGAAUAACAGGCGCGUUGGUCCUGAACACAUGUUUCGAACGGCCAUCCGUGCUCAACAGCAGUUACAGGGACUUGCGGAUAAGUGGACUCCUGAUGCCAAGGUAUACUGCUGUGGCUCUAUGGUAACAUACGGGCAGAUGGAAUGGGGCAGUGACUUGGAUCUCGCGUGUAUGUUUGACGACCCUUACCCCUCACACGAGGUACAGGCCAAACGAACAGACAAACUUUGGACUGUCAUCAAGCGUUACGUUCCGCAUUACCUUCGCAAUAACCUGCUGGGCCUUACGGAGGCGAGGACACCUGUUGUUAAGCUGCGCUUCGCCAACGACGAGAAGGUUGCGCGGGCCCGCUACACGCCACUUAGCGAAGAGGAGGAUAGGAAGGCCCGCACCGCGCUUCUUGACGUGCGGAAUCAGUGCGUUGGUGAUAACGAUGUGGAGUACAUAGCUGAGAAGAUGGGCCGUGAUAACGUGGAGGGCAUUUGGGUUGACCGUACGACAUAUGGGUGUCGCAUCGCUAUUCAAUGUACAUCUAAGGAGCAGAUGAUCGAGGCCAUCGGGUUCUUUCCUGAUGGUAAGAUAAUGACACGCGGCAUGCGGGAAGAUUAUACACGUGAUGUCCUCGACGUACGCUUCGUGCCGGAAAUGUUCAUGUAUCGGUGGGAUAUUUCCUUUGUUGGAUAUGGUGUAAAGAACAGUUACCUCAUCCGCCACUACCUUCACAAUGGGCCCGUUGCCGCACGUCACACUGCGAUGGCAGUAAAGGCUUGGGGUAAGGCAACGAAUGUCGGUGCCGGUUCCGCUGCAAUGCUUACAUCGUACGCUGUUACUGUGAUGUUCAUUUACUAUUUACUAGUGACGCGGCAGGUGUUGUGGGUGGAUCCAUGGUCGCUGCCACACCCGGCACACCUUCCACGCUACCCUGACUUCUCACCACUGUACGAUUGCGACCCUACGGAGCUGGGGAGGCUUUUACACGGUUUCUUUAUAUUCUACGCACAUCAUUUUGACUACGAGAGGGAAGUUGUGAGCCUGAACCGCAAUCGCCGCAGCUAUAGGUCUGAUAUCGGGUGGAAUUUCCCUCAAAACAAGAAGGGAACGUUUAGCUAUAAUUUCUGUAUCGAGGACCCCUAUGAGGAUGUGGGGACAGGUGGACUCAACCUCGGACGUCACUUGCAUCCUGCAAAGUUUCAGCUUGUGAAACAGGAGUUCCUCCGGGCGGCGCAGUGCAUGGAGCGUUUUCUUCCCACCAAUGCCCCUGAGAAGUCCAUUCUUGGUGUGAAACGUGCUGAUCUACGGCACUUUGAGCGUGACAGAGACCGUGAAUGA